AGAAGACAUGUGGGUUUGAAUGUGAUAUGGCAGCUGUCAAAUCCGUUUCCUCAGUGUUUCCUCUGUCUCUGCGGAUCAUCGCGGAGUGUCCGAUCACUAAAGCCCGGGCAUGUGCGCUUACCCUCCCUCAUGGUAAUGUGAACACCCCGGUCUUUAUGCCAGUGGGAACACAGGGCACCAUGAAGGGAAUUACAGUGGAUCAGCUGAUGCAGCUGGACUGUCACAUCUGUUUGGGAAACACCUACCAUCUGGGCAUGAGACCGGGUCCUGAACUGAUUGAAAAAGCCAAUGGUCUGCACGGAUUCAUGAACUGGAAGAGAAACCUUCUAACUGACAGUGGAGGGUUUCAGAUGGUGUCUCUGGUGGAGCUGUCGGAGGUGACGGAGGAGGGAGUUCUGUUCCGCUCACCGUAUGAUGGGAAAGAAAUCCUGCUUACUCCCGAGCAAUCCAUUGCCAUACAAAACAGCCUUGGUUCAGACAUCAUGAUGCAGCUGGACGACGUGGUCAGUAGCACAAUGACCGGGCCAAGGGUGGAGGAAGCCAUGCAUCGUUCUGUCCGCUGGCUGGACCGGUGCAUUGCUGCCAAUAAAAACCCACAUCGACAGAACUUGUUUGCUAUCAUUCAGGGCGGUCUGAAUGCCGAGCUGCGGAAGGCCUGUUUAGAUGAAAUGACCAAGAGAGACGUACCUGGGUUUGCCAUUGGUGGGCUGAGUGGCGGAGAGGAGAAGGAUGAUUUUUGGAAGAUGGUGACACUAAGCACGGAUCACCUGCCAAGAGAAAAGCCCCGCUACCUCAUGGGAGUCGGUUAUGCUGUGGACCUGGUGGUAUGUGUGGCUUUGGGCUGUGACAUGUUUGACUGCGUCUUCCCCACUCGCACAGCCAGAUUUGGUUCAGCACUGGUUCCCUGGGGUUCCCUGCAAAUCAAACAAAAACAGUACGCCCAGGACUUCCAGCCCAUAGAUCCCGACUGCACAUGUCCUACCUGUAAGAGGCACAGUCGAGCGUAUCUGCAUGCGCUGUUCAAGAGUGACACUGCUGCCAUGCACCACAUCACCAUCCACAACAUCUCCUACCAGCUAAAUCUCAUGCGUUCGGUGCAUGAGAGCAUCAUCGAGCGGCGUUUCCCGGAGUUUGUGCGCAGCUUCAUGAAGAGGAUGUUCUCCUCCGGUGAACCGUAUCCCAGCUGGGCAGUGGAUGCUCUUGCAUCGGUCAACAUUACUCUGGAAUAAUGAAGCUGAGAGACAGACUGUGUACUGACACUGGAUUUACGUGUACGGGCUGAGAGGAAACUGCUGGACUAGGUACGCAGUGGGCAGUAUGAAGGAAAAGAAUAGUCAAAUUAAGUGGACCACAGACUGAUUUUUAUAAAAUAUCAAGUUCCAUGUGCUUUUAUCUUCAGGAAUUUGAUGAUAUAAGUCCUUUCCUACAAUAAGAUUUUUUAAAAAUGUUUUUAUAACUUAAGUGUAUGAAAAUAAUUUCAUGUAAA